AGACCCGAGUGUCUGGAGCGAUGUCAGAGAGCUCCUGUCAUCAGCGGGCUGCGAUAUGUCUGCGGGCGGCUCGCCUGCGCUCUGAUUGCGCUGUUAAGGGCAGACAGGCACAACACAACAUCCAGAGCGCUGUCAUGAAGACAUAAUGCCAAAUCGGAGAAGUAUUAGUCAACGCGAAGCUGUUUUAUACUGCAUAACUGGAGACUUAUAACCGGGAAAAAUAUAUUCUGAAGUUGUAUUUAGACAAGAUCGUUAGAGGCAAGUGUCAAGGAGACGAACGACGAGGGGUGGGAAUGAUGAACCGUUUCAGAAAGUGGCUGUACAGACCGAAGAGGUCGGAUCCCCAGCUCCUUGCCCAGUUCUACUAUGCGGACGAGGAGCUGAACCAGGUGGCCACGGAGCUGGACAGCCUGGAUGGCAGGAAGGACCCUCAGCGCUGCACCCUGCUGGUCAACCAGUUCCGCUCCUGCCAGGACAAUGUGCUGAACAUCAUCAACCAGAUCAUGGACGAAUGUAUACCUGGCGACCGAGCCAACCGGGACUUCUGUGUGAAGUUCCCAGAGGAGAUCCGACACGACAACCUAGCAGGCCAGCUGUGGUUUGGAGCUGAGUGCCUGGCUGCAGGCUCCAUCAUUAUGAACCGUGAGGUGGAGAGUGUGGCCAUGCGGCCAUUGGCCCGGGAGCUGACACGUAGCCUGGAAGAGGUGCGGGCGCUGACCCGGGACCAGGCGCUGCGUGACCUGGACCGCUACAGCGAGCGCAUGUGUCACGCCCUGCGCCAUUUUGACAGUCUCUUUGCACAGUUCGAGCUCAGCUAUGUGUCAGCCAUGGUGCCUGUUAAAUCCCCCAAAGAGUACUAUGUCCAGCAGGAGGUGAUAGUCCUUUUCUGUGAGACGGUAGAAAGAGCCCUGAAGCUGGGUUACCUCACGCAGGACAUGAUCGAUGAUUAUGAGCCUGCCCUCAUGUUCACCAUCCCCCGCCUCGCCAUUGUGUGUGGACUGGUGGUCUACUCUGACGGACCCCUCAACCUGGAGCAGAAACCAGAGGACAUGUCUGAGCUCUUCAGGCCUUUCUGCACCUUGCUGAAGAAGAUCCGUGACCUGCUGUGGACCCUGACGGACGAGGAACUUCUGACCUUGGAGAGGAGCCUCUGUAUCUCCCAGGACGGCGAGUUCCCUUCAGAGGAGGCCCCUCAGCCUCCACAGGACACGCAACAGGAAACCCAGGAACAAGAAGGCGGGGUCGAGGAGAAGGAUGGCAGUACUGAGCCAGGGGCGGAGCUGGAGGCGGAGCUAGCCGGAUCUUUACAGUACGACGAGCUGGAACUCGAGCAGCUGAACAUGAUGGUGCACCGGGUGGGUGACGAGAUGUCCAGCCUCCUGUCCCCGCCCAGCCAAGCCCAGUCCCCCGCCCACUGGAGUGGGACCGGUGCCGGCUCCGGUGCACAGCUGUCCUCGCGGCGUAUCCAGGCCCGACCGGCUCAGGAGGAAGAGCGGGUCUUCCUAAUGGAGGAUGUGGAGGGCUCCCAGAGAGGGCAGGCUAAGAGAGGCUCCAUUGCCAGUGCAGCUGGGGAGGAAGGUCCUGAGCUCCCUCUACAGGCCAGUGGCGGAACUGCUGUGGAACGGGAUGUAGAGGUGGCACAGAAAAUCGCCCACAGAACAGGAGGCAUGAAGCUUUCGGCCACGGUCAUCUUUAACCCCCCGUGGCCUGACCCAUCGGACCCACCCCCACCCUCAGAUCCCUGCCACCCCCUGCUGGCCACACACUGCCUGCUGAACUCUUGCGUGUGCUGCACCAUCUGUGAGGAAGAGCCCACAGACCUGCUCAGGCCUGUAGCAUCCGCCCCCGUUGUCCAGGCAACGGAACUGCUAUCCAAUGGGAGCAGUCCAUCAGGAAAAGUGGUACUGCCAUUUGGAGAGGGGCCCCAGCCAGGGGACGAAGAGAUGUUCCUGGUUCCCCAAAACUGUCAACAUGCACACUGCUUGCAGGGACAGCCUUCAGCCACCAGGGGGCACAACAGCAGUACUGAGCCCGGAGCAGACAGGGAGCUCACACAGGAUGGGAUUGUGGAUGCCACCAGCAGCAUCCCUGCCGGCAGUCUGAUCGUCCGCUCCGGUGCCGCUGACGCGGUGGAGAACCAGGAGAUCCAGCUGGCCCUGCAGGCAGUCACGGUGGCCGCCCACAGCAAGAUCCGCACGCGCUUCCACAGCACCGGUGACCUCGUUCACCGCCUCUUCGUCUGCAUUUCGGGUGUCGCCGAUCAGCUCCAGACUAACUACGCCAGCGACCUUCGCUGCAUUUUGAAGACGCUGUUCGAGGUCAUGGCGAGCAAGCCGGAACUGGAGACCAACAAUAACCCGAAGAAAGCAGGCCCAGGCCUGCUCAAUGCAGUGCUGGAAGACUGCUCACUCUGUCAGGAGACCAUCACCUCCUCUGAGCUGGCAGCCAAGGCACAGGAUGGUCAGUUUGAAGACCCCCCAGACUGGGUACCAGAUGAAGUCUGCAGCCACUGCACUGCCUGCAAGGCCCCAUUCACCGUCAUCCGGAGGAAGCACCACUGCAGGAGUUGUGGAAAGGUAGCACCCAUGCCCCACCUACCGGUACUGGCCACGCCCAUUCACAGAGGAUGCUCCGCCCACUGCUCAUGCCACACCAAUUGCAACCCAUACUCCAUCCCCACAUGCCAGCCACCACUAGCCCUGGUAACAUCAGAGUGCAUGACUCUUGUGUCUCAUUUCAGAUCUUCUGCUCACGCUGUUCCUCCCACUCAGCCCCGCUGCCCCGGUACGGUCAGGUGAAGCCGGUACGCGUGUGCACCCACUGCUAUAUGUUCCACGUCACUCCUUUCUACAGCGAAAGGACGGGCAUCUGACCCUGUCACCAUGCCCACCCCGGCCAGCAGGGGGCGUCGGCGAGCACAGCAAAGCAGUCCCGCUGGACAGGACGCACGCCCCACAUGGAUGUGCAUAAUCAUUGGAUCCUGCUGCAGUCAGAAACGGCCGACAUGCUAACAUUGCCACGACGCCGCCGUGACCAGGAGCUCACACACCUCUGGAAAGGAGGCUGAACCAGGACAGAUGAACAACUAGGUCAUUGCUGUCUUUGUAUUUCAGCCACUAAAACUGAAGCACUGGCUUUGCCCCGUUAGCCAUGAAUGUCUCUGCUAGACACCUUUAGGACUCUCGCUCUAAGGAAGCACAGCAUACGGGGGAAGUGUGAGAACGCAGAAGAGGACCUCAGAGGCGUGGACAUCCCAGUGACUGCAGCAGCAUGGACCACAACAGGCCAGUAAAAUGGCUUUCAUUUGACCAGCAAACAAACCUGAGCCUCUACUGGAGCAGCUCCUGACUGUACAUUCUAUAGCCAGUACCUUCAUCCACUGUCCCUGUCAUCAACUGUAUAAACAGCCAACCUGGCCGUGGCCCUCACUGCUGUACAUCGCUCCACACCAAAGGUCAUGUCAAGUCACAUGGUUAUUUACAUGAUAGUUAUAUUAAUACUGCUCAUAUAAAGAGAGGGCUAUAAUAUUCUGUUACUGAGAAUGUAUAUAGCGGACAGGGAACAGCUCCAGGUUAGCUGUCCUUUUUGAUAGAACGUUUCUCAAAACAAAUGGCUUUUCUUAUUGACUCCUUUUUCUUUGCACUUGAGAACGGCAGUGAAUGUGUAGAACAGACAGCUCCUAAUCCUUCUGUAAUGCCUCCGCAUGUGGACAGUUGCUGCCAGAUUGCCAAAUGCCCUGACACAAUGCAGGUCUUAAAACGGUCUUCCAUUCCCCCCCCAACCAGAGUCCACUUCCCCACACAGACCUACUUGUAGUGCGCACUUCCUUAUAUCCCGACUAGGCUCCAACGCAGUGCACACUUCCCCACACAGUCCUACUUGUAGUGCGCACUUCCUUAUAUCCCGACUAGGCUCCAACGCAGUGCACACUGCCCCACACAGUCCUACUUGUAGUGCGCACUUCCUUAUAUCCCGACUAGGCUCCAACGCAGUGCACACUGCCCCACACAGUCCUACUUGUAGUGCGCACUUCCUUAUAUCCCGACUAGGCUCCAACGCAGUGCACACUUCCCCACACAGUCCUACUUGUAGUGCGCACUUCCUUAUAUCCCGACUAGACUCCAACGCAGUGCACACUUCCCCACACAGUCCUACUUGUAGUGCGCACUUCCUUAUAUCCCGGCUAGGCUCCAACGCAGUGCACACUUCCCCACACAGACCUACUUGUAGUGCGCACUUCCUUAUAUCCCGACUAGGCUCCAACGCAGUGCACACUUCCCCACACAGUCCUACUUGUAGUGCGCACUUCCUUAUAUCCCGACUAGACUCCAACGCAGUGCACACUUCCCCACACAGUCCUACUUGUAGUGCGCACUUCCUUAUAUCCCGACUAGGCUCCAACGCAGUGCACACUUCCCCACACAGACCUACUUGUAGUGCGCACUUCCUUAUAUCCCGACUAGGCUCCAACGCAGUGCACACUUCCCCACAGUCCUACUUGUAGUGCGCACUUCCUUAUAUCCUGUCUAAACUCUAACAGUGUACACUUCUCCAGAAAUCUCAAUCCAUUUCCUACAAGCUGUGCUCACACUGUACACCACUUCAGUAAGCAAUGUGUAUGGCACCCUUAUCUGAAGGACAUUAACCACACUGCACACACCUGUACCCGGAGUCUUCCACGUUUGCCUCUGUCUUUGCAUGGGGCUUCCUCAUUAAAGAAAAUGGUGUUCUGGGGCCUUUUAUGUGAUAUUGAGGUUAAGAAAUUUAUAAACGAGAGGAGGCCAUUGGGCCCAUCAAGCUCGUUUGGGGACAAUGUUGAAUUUAAUUGAAUUUGUUUUAUGUGGCUUCUUGCAACCAGAUGCCUAAUACAGGGGGCCCAAGGCAAGGGGGCGCCAGUGCAGUGCUGCAUACACUCACAAUGGGCAAUUUAGAGACAAUUUCAUCUACGUGAAUGUUUUUGUACCAGGGGUGAUUUUAGGAUUUUUUUAAGGUGGGGGGGGGGGAUGAGG